GAUUGAAAUGCAGACCCUCUUCUUGCUCGGGCGGCUGCCUCGGGAAAGGGACUGCCGCGGGCUCCGUCGCCCUGAACCCGUGGCCAGGACGCGGAGGCAGGCCGGGCCUUCCUGCCCAGCGCGGAUCGAGGCCGGGAUUCGGCCGGAGCGCCCAGGAGCAGCCGGGUCCCGAAUCCAGCUAUGGAGCCGGCCUUCGGGGAGGUGAACCAGCUGGGCGGCGUCUUCGUCAACGGGCGCCCUCUGCCCAACGCCAUCCGGCUCCGGAUCGUGGAGCUGGCCCAGCUGGGCAUCCGGCCCUGCGACAUCAGUCGCCAGCUGCGGGUCUCGCACGGCUGCGUGAGCAAGAUCCUGGCCCGCUACAACGAGACGGGCUCCAUCCUGCCGGGGGCCAUCGGGGGCAGCAAGCCCCGCGUCACCACCCCGACGGUGGUCAAGCACAUCCGGACCUACAAGCAGCGCGACCCGGGCAUCUUCGCCUGGGAGAUCCGCGACCGCCUCCUGGCCGACGGCGUGUGCGACAAGUACAACGUGCCCUCGGUGAGCUCCAUCAGCCGCAUCCUGCGCAACAAGAUCGGCAACCUGGCGCAGCAGGGCGCCCACCACUUCGAGGCCUACAAGCAGCACCACCAUCACCACCACCACCACCACCCCCAGGCCGCCCCGCAGACCGCCCUGCCCUACAACCCGCUCUACUCCUACCCCAGCCCCAUCGCCGCCUCGGGCGCCAAGGGGCACACCCCGCCCGGAGUGCCCACCCUCCACAGCGCCGUCCACCUGCCCCGCACCUGGCCCUCCUCCCACUCCGUCACCGACAUCUUGGGCAUCAGGUCCAUCACGGAUCAAGUGAGCGAGGGCUCUCCGUACCACAGCCCCAAGAUCGAGGAAUGGAGCAGCAGCCUCAGCAGAAGCGGGUUCGCGGCCACGGCUCAGCACAUGGCGGUGAACGGCCUGGACAAAGGCUCCCUGGAGCAAGAAGCCAAGUACAGCCAGGCACCAAAUGGACUUCCAACAGUCGGAAGCUUUGUCUCUGCACCAGCUAUGGCACCAUACCCCACCACAGCACAGGUGUCCCCUUACAUGGCAUACAGUGCUGCUCCUUCUGGUUACGUAGCUGGCCAUGGCUGGCAGCAUGCUGGAGGGACUCCAAUUUCCCCCCACAAUUGUGACAUCCCAGCAUCACUGACUUUCAAGGGCAUGUCGACAUCCAGAGAAGGUAGUCAUUCGGUCACAGCUUCUGCACUCUGAUAUCAGAAGCAUGGCAGAACAAUUUCAGUCCAGCUCUUCCUCUUGUUGUCUCGCUUUUCCCACAAUUUCUUCAUACAGAAUGACGUUGUGGGUUGGUGAUAUUUCAACUAUUUUUCUCCAUGACAGUUUACUUCCAAAAAGAAUGGGUGGGGAGAAAAGAAAGAUCAUGGAGGUUCCAUAAGUGUAAAUAAUGUAAGGAAGUAAUAAAUGUGUUGUUGCACUGUUUUGCAUAAAGAAGAUCUUACAACCCUCAGAGGGCUUGUUGUGUGACUAUUUGAUUGGUAAAACCACACAUAUUUAUUCUGAAUCAACAUGACCUUCUCUACGUGCAAUUGUUUCAGAUUUUGGGGUAAAAACAGUCAAAGAAAACUGAUAGAUGACUCUACAGUUCUAACUGAAAACUGCGACAAAACAGAAAUUCUCUUCUGAGAAGUUCUGAGAAGUUCCUAUCUUGAAAUGUAUGGACAAGUGAACAGUUUUUGGUUAACAGAUUACUUUUUAUAAGUAAGAAAUUAUAGAACCAAAUGAUUACACAACUCUGUUAUUUAUCUUGUAUUUUAUUGUGAUUACAAAGGCAGUAAUACUUUUGUUUUCUAUAUGUAAAUAUGGGUCUGGGUCAUAAUUUGUCUUUCCACUACUCAACUGUUGUCUGUUUUCCUUUUCUUGUUAGAGACAGUUUGUAGGGAACAUUUCAUGCAUUGGGUGGAGGCACCUGCAUCUUAUUAAACGAAUGUGUGUUCUUCGACAGAAAACUGAAACUGACCAAUUUUAAAUCCCAGUGGGCUGAAUCUGCAAAUGGAAAGUCUCCAGUGGGAUGAAUUUGACAAUCACUGGAAAGUCCUGCUCUUGGGAGAGGGAAAGGGAUUUUCCCUUGUUUCUCCUUCUCCUUGUAACUUCGACCCCGCAUCCCUUCCAAAUGAUUUAUCACAUUUUGCUGGAGGGUAUCUUAACUCACCAAUGCAGAUUUUCAGGAGCAAUGAGCAAAAGAAAAACAGAAUUAAGUGAAAAUCCCUUCCUCUGUGAAUGGAAGUUCAUUAUUGGAAAUUUGAAUCUAACUCACUGAUUUUAAUUGCUCUUUAGCUUGACUCAUUUUUUGGAUCAUGGCUCAGUCUUUUAUAGGUUAUCCCAGUAUCAAAAAGUGAAACAGCACUACACUAAUAUGAAAGAAACAUGGACAGAAAGGAUCCAAACAAAGUGAUAGCUUGCAUUAAAUGUGAAAUUUUGUGCAGAAUUUUUAAUCACCCAAGGGCAGCAUCUACCAAGAAUUUCUCCAGUUUAAGCAUGGCAAAAUUCUUAUGCACUUCAUAUUCAUUCCAGUGAGUGCUUGUGUGAAUUUUGCCUCAAGUUAACCAAACCACUGUGAAAGAGAUUGUACUGUAUUUUUUCCUUGGCUUACCUGUGUUCAAUAGCUCUAGCCCCCAAAUUUAUGUUGACAUUUAAAAACAAGCAAAACAAAGCAAAAAGGAAAUUUUGUCCCUAAUUCUGGCUUUAUUGAAUGUAAAAAAAACUUUUGGUAAAUUUUACAUUAUUGUACAUAAGCAUGGUUCACUCCUAAGUAUAUUGGUGGUGGUACUGCAGAUAUUAUUUAUAAUGUUUAACAUUCAUUUUUUUACAUUUCUGUAUCUUUUAUCAAGCAUCAUUACAUGGUCACUUGGAUUCCAACUGCUCUCCUUUACCCUUUUUCAUUAACAGUAUAAUCUUUUCAAGAUGGCCUGUUUCCCUUGGACAAUAAUAAAGUUGUGAAUAUCAUUUGAGAAAGCCUCCUCAAGCUUACAGAUGCAUGCUGAAGAUUAACCAUGAAAAGGAAAGAUUUGAAAAUUGACAUAUUUCCUAGCAUUAUGAGAUAUUAAUAUAUUAUGUAUUUUUGUAAGUCUAGUGCAAUAAUGUAAAAAAUAUACAAUACAUUACAGAUUUUGAAAGACUGAUUUAAUAAAAUUAUCUCUGUUUCUUCCUAGCCAUAUUACACAUACUGCUGGAACAGCAAGAUAAGAUCCUGUCUCUUUUAUGAGAAUUUCAUGCUUUUAUUUUACAAUGCCAACAAAGGUAGAUUUCUACGGCCGUACAAAGAAAAUAAUGUGUGAUGUCAUGCCGAUACUUCCUGGGAAAUUUUCCAAAACAUUUUUUCUACUGCAAUCAUUUAGUCAAGUCAUAUGUUGAACUGAGAAUAUUUGUGAGAUGCAAUCAGUAUGGGCAGACAGAGUUUCCGGGUUACAUUUUUCUUUUGGCACGGGAGCACCACUUGAACCAAUUGACCAGGAAUCAAAUAUAAGCCUGCCUGAAAUGAAUGGAGGUUGUUUUUUUAUUAAUCUUUUUUAGACUUAUACAUGAAUAUAUACAGUAUCUUUCAGCUCAAUAGAAAUUCAAGGUAAUUAUAAAGCAAACAAUCUUUUCAAACAUCAUCAUCACACAGGCCUUUCACAAGCAGUAAAAAACCCCUGCUUAUUUACCCUCUUAGAAAUGGUGACAAAGCUGGCAUAGGAAGGAGCUGUCUUGUGGACCCCCUCUCACAAACAAACAAACAGACAAAGUUGGCCUUAUUUCCCCACACUCAAAUAAUUCUUAUGUUGCAAAGGGGCCCAUUGUGUUGGUUUUAACAAAACUGAGAUGCAUGAAAGUACUAUCACGCUGAAUUUAAGACCAUGCCAUUUUAGUAUUGCGAACGGUGGAUAUCCCAUUCUUCCUAUUGAAUUACUAUGGCUUCAAAUUCCUGCUUAGUUUUAAAUUUUCAGAUAUUUUAUGUGCUGAUGAGUCAAAGUGCCGAACACAUAUUUAUGUUACUUGGUUGAAUUAAUAUUUUUAACUGACAGAGAGCUGAGAUGUUCUCAUGAAACUGUAUAUGCCUAGUGACAACAAUGGCUUCCCUGUACCUUUGAGCAUAGGAAACAGAUCAAGAUAGGUCAGAUUAUUUGUAUAUUUAGGCAAACAUUAUUUACUCUGAUUGGCAGAAUAUCCAGUGAAUGGAAAUUUGAUGACAUGAGUGAAACAGAUGUUGAAAAUCUGGUUCUUUUCAAGGAGAUAUAAUCACCAAUCAAUGCUCUCUGCUGGACUACUUCUAGGGGAUUUCUUCUGAUUGCUUUAAUCUAGAUUUGGACUUCAUAUUAAUUUGAAGACUAUAUAUUUGCCUGAGAACAUUAUGUGACAUACAUUGGUGGUAGAUUGCAAGAUGAAUUUAUUGCAGCUGAACUGGCCUUUGCAGCCUUGUGGACCAAACCAGGGUCAUUGGAAUAGGAAACCUGUCAUUUGGACUCCAGCUUCCACCACUCUGUACUAUCCAGCCAGUAAUUAGGGAUGCUGUGGGCUAUAGUCCAGCAACAGCUGAGUAUUGAUUGAAUAUCAGUUCAUCAAAGAGAAAAUAAAAUACAACUGAUAAUGAGUCCAGAGUCCAGGAUUGAUUUCAUGUACAUUAGGCAUUGAAUCUUCUAAUGUAUUCUUGCUGAACCAAAUCAGGAAUUAGAUUGCUUUAUUUUUAUUCAUUCUUUUAAAAAGAUAUUUGUAUGGUGUAAAGAAUGGUGGGAGCUCCCAAUGGCACAGUGGGUUAAACCACUGAGCUGCUGAACUUGCUAACCGAAAGGUCAGCGGUUCAAAUCUGGGGAGCGGGGUGAGGUCCUGUUGUUAGCCCCAGCUUCUGCCAAUCUAGCAGUUUGAAAACAUGCAAAUGUGAGUAGAUCAACAGGUACUGCUCUGGUGGGAAGGUAAUGGCGUUCCAUGCAGUCAUGCCGGCCACAUGACUUUGGAGGUGUCUAUGGACAACACCGGCUAUUCAGCUUAGAAAUGGAAAUGAGCACCAACCCCCAGAGUCGGACACAACUAAACUUAAUGUCAGGGGGAAACCUUUACCUUUACUAAAGAAUGGUGAAGCUUCUGAGACAUGGGCAUGGGUAAUUUUAAAACUGUCACUCUGAUCCUAAAAAUGUUUAGCAGAAGUAAACCCAUUGGUGUCAGUGGAAUGUACUUCCAAGUGAAUAUCUUAAGUUCACCAUCAAUUCAAAACACUUCCAUACAAGAAACUGGGCAGAAGACAUGAGGACAUUUCAAAGGGAGAACAAUGAGACCCUGCAAAAGCAGUAAAUAGGUCUGAUUCGGCAUAGGUUGCUAAGAAAAAUAACCAUUUGGAUGAACAUCUAAGCCUUGUUCAAUGGGCUGGGAGAACCACAGGAUACUGGACAUGGAGGAUGCAUGUUUACAAGCAGAGACCAUACAUUGUUACUAGUCUCCAGACAGCUACACUAAAUCAGGGGUAGAGAUUACAGUGAGAAGCACAGGUGAACUACCAACAGUGGUGCUUCCUGCAUUCAGCCUUCCAUUUUGGGGAUAGAAUUAGCUGUCUUUAGACCUGAAACGGCAUUUAGGAAGGACUGAAUGCUUUUACAGUACGGAAAAUGUUGGCUGUAUAGAGCAAGGUGGGAAUUGUAUAGCCUUCUAGAUGUUGUGCGAAUGAAAUCCUAAUCAGCAUAGUCAGUGGUGGGGAAUGUGGGGGAAGGUUCAGUUGAACAAUCCUUUGGGGGACUGCACAAUUUGGGGAUGACAGCUCACAGAACCUCAGUCACUGGCCAGGCUGGGAGUUGGGGUAAUCUGAAAGUUUUUAUCCCUCAUGUUUUGGACAGCACAAAGCCAGUGCAGUAUAGUGAUUUGAGUAUUGGACUAGAACUCUGGGACACUAGGGUUCAAAUCAUUGCUCAGACAUGGAAACCUAUGGGUAAGUCACAUACUGAUAGCCUGAAAAGGUAAGGGCCAACCUCCUUUGAAGAACUCUGGCCAAUAAAACCCUAUGGUAAGGAUGCCAUGAGUUGAAUUUGGCUUAAAGGCACAUAGCAACAGCAGCAGCAGCAGCAGCAGCAGCACAAAAAAAAAGUUUUUGGAAUGUGCACGCAUGUAAUACCACUUUGCCUGCUGUGCUUGGUCUGUGAAUAUUUAUAACACUUAUGUAUUUAUGUAUACCAUUGUGCUAUAGUAAUCACCUCUUCUGUUAACAUCCAGAUGUGUUGGACUAUGACGGUAAGCAUCCCUUCCCAGCACAGCCAAUAACUUGUGAAUUGGGCCUUUGUAUAUGAUAAUACAUUCUUGGGAUAUAAAUGUUUAAUUAGAAGUCUCACAUAAACCAAUAGGACAAUGGUUCCCACCCUAGGGUCCCCAGAAGUUUUUGGCCUACAACUUCCAGAAAUCCCAGCAAGUUUACCAGCUGUUAGGAUUUCUAGGAGUUGAAGGCCAAAAACAUCUGGGGACCCACAGGUUGAGAACCACUGCAAUAGGACUUACGUCUUCUAAAGAACACAAUUGAGAUCACCGUUUUUCAUUCUGAUAGUGGGAUAUAAAAGAAACCUGUCCGCAUACAUGAAAAUUGUCAUCAUAACUAGUAUUGAUUUUGCAUUGAGAUAGAAAACUAGAACAUUCCUUGUAGAACAAAAAUACGUAUUUUGAGAUCUGUGCUAUCAAAAGGUUUUAGUUGAUUGAAUUAUGAAGUUGGAAAUAUUAAGAACAUGAUGGAAGCAUUGUACACGAGGAGGCUAUAUAUGUAUAUGCAGCUAUAUAUGUGAAAAGCCUUUUAUUUUUAUAUUUUGAAUGCCCUAAAUUAAUAAAGAAAACAAUAAUGAAAA